AUGACAAAUCUAGUUCAGGCGAAAACAAAAGCUCCAAAACUGAAGCAUCAUGUGCCCCGCAGCAAUCAGGACAUCACAGGACUGCUUCAACAGGAACAACUGGGCUCCCCACAAAUCCUUUUGACUUCUCUGCAAUGACUGAUCUGCUUAAUGACCCUACCAUAAAAGAAAUGGCAGAACAAAUUGCUAGGGAUCCUGUUUUUAAUCAGAUGGCUGAACAACUCCAAAAAAGUGUCCAUGGUGCAGGACAAGAGGGUCUUCCCCAGUUCAAUCCCCAACAAUAUAUUUCAAACAUGCAACAGAUCAUGCAAAAUCCUCAGUUCGUAACAAUGGCUGAGCAGCUUGGAAAUGCUUUAAUGCAGGAUCCUGCUAUGACUUCCAUGCUUGAAAGUUUGACUAAUCCAUCUCAUAAAGAACAAAUUGAAGAACGGAUGGCACGCAUUAAGGAUGACCCAUCAUUGAAGCCAAUUCUUGAUGAGAUAGAGAGUGGAGGUCCAGCUACAAUGAUGAAGUAUUGGAAUGACCCUGAAGUUCUACAAAAGCUUGGUCAAGCAAUGGGAAUUGGAUCUUCAGGAGAGGCUGCAACUUCUACUGAGCAUUCUGGACCUGAAGAGGCAGAGGAAGAAGGCGGUUAUGAAGAUGAAUCUGUUGUUCAUCACAUGGCCAGUAUUGGUGAUGUUGAGGGCUUGAAGAAAGCCUUGGAAAAUGGCGGGGACAAGGAUGAAGAAGACUCCGAGGGAAGAAGAGCUCUGCAUUUUUCUUGUGGUUAUGGUGAGGUCAAGUGUGCUCAAGUGUUGCUUGAGGCAGGAGCUACAGUGGAUGCGUUGGACAAAAAUAAAAAUACAGCACUUCAUUAUGCUGCUGGUUAUGGGCGGAAGGAGUGUGUGGCUCUUCUAUUGGAGCAUGGUGCAGCUGUCACCUUGCAAAAUUUGGACGGAAAGACACCCAUUGAUGUUGCCAAGCUGAACAAUCAGGAGGAGGUGCUGAAGUUGCUCGAGAAGGAUGCAUUUCUAUGAGUCGUACUUCGGUUCUCUUGGGGAGGGGGUGAGAAUUUGCUGCAGGUAGCCUGUUUGAGCACCCCCCAGUUCUGCUGCUUUAGGUUGUUGAGUCUGUUCUCUGUGGCUGCUCGGUUGGGGUCUCUUUUCUCCGGUUGAACCAAGUGUGGUUUCUGGGAAUAAAUUGUCUACUGUUUAGAUGGAUCUGGGGAUUGGCCUUUUAAUAGCGGUCUUCUGCGGUGGUAUACUACUGAAUGAUAUUCAUUUCCGGGAGAAGUGAGCCAUGCUUAAUAAUGUGUUAUUUCAAGUUUGUUAGGUUAUUUUGGUAAGUAUUUGAUUUUAUGUAAAUGUGUGUGGAAGGACUAUGUAUGUGGAGUUCAAAUCCUUUCAAAUAAUUGAGUCAUUUGCAUUUGGUAAAUAAUCCAGGUAAUAGACCUAAA